CUUAAAAAAACAGGGCCUUAGGGUGUUUGAAUUUUGAGGGAUUGGUUUAGGGUUUUCUGGUUUAGGUAUUUGGCUUUGAGGGUAUUUGGGCCUCUUUAGGAUUUGUUAGUUUGUAUAUUUUUUUUUUCAGAUAUCGGGUUGGAUAUAUGACUUUUUUUCGAAUAUCGAAUAUCCGAAAUACAAAAUUUCGAUAUCCGAUAUCCGAUAUCCUAUCACAUAAUGUUUUCAGAUCAAUUAUUCUAAAUUUUUGGAUCGAAUUUUCGGAUUAUCAGAUAGUUUUGCUAGUCUUAGUUUUAGAUGUACCAAAAUUCAAAAUUUUUUUGCAGGCAUGAUAUAUAACGGUCUAAUUUAGAAGUUUCACAUAUCACACCAACUCCACAGUCUCUUUCACUUUUUCAGAGUGUUCCCAUUCUUUUAUUCGUCCACAACUUUAAACCGCCUAUAUUCAACUUCAAAAAUUUCAUCUGCCUUUCUUUCUCUCUCUCUCAUCUACUACUCUUCACUCCCCUGAAAACUCCUGUUCAAAUUUGCGCCGAAUUCUAGGUCAUUUUCUACUUUCAAUUUCUCAAUCAUUGCUCGAUCUACAAAUCAAUCGAAAAUGGAGGUUCUUGAAACGCCUCAAAUUGAUGCUGAAACUGAUGCUUUCUCUCUAAUAGACGUUUCCGCUUCCGAUGAUGAUUUUCUUUUGGCUUCUUCCUCAGAACCCAGCAUAGCGGACAAUGCAGACCAUAUUUUUACUGAAGGAGCACCUACAGACCAACCAUCUUCCUUGGUUUUACAUAAACCUGGGAAAACUGGCAAAUGUAACCUGCGCAAAAGUUUGGCUUGGGAUAGUGCAUUUUUUACCAAUGCUGGAGUUCUUGAUCCCGAGGAGUUGUCUAGCAUAAUGGAGGGGUCUGAUACGUGUGUGAAGCAAAGCCCUUUUCUACCUGGUAUCCAAGAGGAACUAAGCAAAUCAACUGAUUCAAUCUCCACUUUUCAGAGUGAUAAUGUGACACUGGAAAGUCUUGAGGCUGAUCUUUUCUGUGACAUAAGAGCUUCAAUUCAGAGAUGCAGCAAGUCUUCGACUAAAGGAAAUAGUGGUGACCUUAAAGUCCAUGGAGAAGAACCCAAGAAUGAUUGUUCAACAAAGAUACCUGAACCUUCACGCAAAUUGGCAAAGCCCAAAACAGCCUCCAAGAAACUUAAUAUGGCAGCGCGUGGGUCUAUGAGAACAUUAAAGCCAGGUUCUGUUUGCAAACAAGAGAUUAAGUCUCCUGUCAACCGUAGCAGAGAGCCUACCUCACUGCUUUCUAGGCCACUUAAGCCAGCUGGUGGACCAAGCUUGCAAGUAGCAGCAACUACCAAGAGAAUGUCAAUUAGUGCCAGCCGCAUCAACUCAGAGUCUAAGGCUGCAGGAAAUGUGAAAGGCGCAGGGAAGGGAACUUCAUUGCCAGAUGCUUUCCAUCAAGUUGAUUCACGAAAGCCUGUACCUAAAGCCCCAUCUUCAUCCAAAAUUUCUGCAGCUUCUUCAGUAUUGAACAGAACCAAAACAUACAGUUCACGCUUGUCAUGUAACAGCUCUAGUAGCUCUGCAUCUGAAAAUGUUCGAAGAUCUCAAAUGGGUGUAAUAAGAAAAAAGAUGUUGGACAAGAAUGUCAGUCUGCUACCUGGUGUCAAGAAUAGAGCCUCAACUAACGCUGUAGAAAAGGUUAAGUCUCAGAAUAAGCAGUCCCAUCUCUCAGACUAUCUGACGUCCACAUCAACACCUUCCUGUAGUAUAUCACCUGCAAGCUCUAUUAGCGAAUGGUCCACUGAGUCAUGUUCUUCAACCGCUACAGUUCAUCAAAAACAUUUUGGCUUGAAUCCUUGUCCCCCUACCUCUCAUGAUGUUGGUGCUGAUGGCAAUGUUUCUCAAAAUCUGCUUAAUCUAUCUAGUAAUAGAUCUUUGGGUGAUCGUGAAAAUCAAGUGCCAAUAUCUAGCCAAUCUGCGAUACAACCUUCAAUAGGGAGUGCUGUGUCCAAUCCUCAUCCGGGCUCUGCUAAACCAUCAGGUCUUCGAAUGCCAUCACCAAACAUUGGUUUUUUUGAUGGGGCAAAAGCUGGUGCUAAGACUCCUAGUUCACGACCUCGUUCUGCCUUGCCCAGCAGCCUUCCUAGAUCAGCAGCAGGAACACCCAAAAUUUCUGGGGCAACAAACAAAACAAGACUUGGCUUUGGCACUAGUGCUUCUAAAAUAACAGAAUCAGCUGCUGCAACUGCCAAGCCUAAAGAACAAAUCAUUGAUGCAAACCUUAAAACAGAUGCAGCAAGGACUCCUUUUACAGUAAAGAAUAGUGUAUCUAAUGUGGUCGAGGUAAGCACCUCGCCACCUGGAUCGGGCAUCGAGUCAUUUUCAAAGGGUGACGCUGUGUGUUCUCUAGAGAUGCAAUAUAUUCCAAGGUAAAUUAUGUAUGGGCAAGUGAAUAGUACACUGUCAUGAACAUAUUGAAUAAAAAUUUAUACAGUUGUGGUAUAGAUCGGAUGUAUAUUACCAUUUUAAGUUGUUUGGAUAAGUAAAUAUUUGGGGUCUGUUUUCUAACA